AUGGAAGGGCGCAAAAGAGUGAUAGUAGUUGAUUGUAAAGGACACGUCUUAGGUCGCGUAGCCUCGACAGUAGCCAAGCAAUUGUUGUUAGGCCGCCGCAUUGUCUUAGUGCGAUGUGAGCAGCUUGAAGUCUGUGGAACCCUCCGCAUGAGAUUAGUCAAGUGGGAGAUGUACAGACGUAAGAGAGUCAACACAAACCCAUUGAGAGGUCCAUAUCAUCAACGUUCCCCGUCCAAGAUGGUUUACAAGGCGAUCAGAGGAAUGCUCCCCAAACACAAUUUCAGAGGAAAGUCUGCUCUUUCUCAUGUCAAAUGUUUCGAAGGAUGCCCCGCCCCAUACGACAAGAUGAAGAAGUCUUCGAUCCCUGAAGCCGCUGUUAUCUACAACUACAACCCUACUAGAAAGAGAACCCUCCUCGGCACCCUUGGAACUGCCAUCGGAUGGAAAUACGCCGACGUCGUCAAAAGAGACGAAGAGAUCAGAAAGGCUAGAGGCAAAAAGUACUACGAAGCAAAAGUCAAGAAAACUACUGCUAUGAAGGAAGCAAGAGAAAAAGUCUUGGCUGACAAGAAAUACGAAGAGAAGGUCAAAAUCCUCAAGCAGUUCGGGUAUGCUUAA